AUGACAUACGCGGCGGAAACAAGAGCAGAAACAGCUGAAACUAAAAGAAUGGCACGAACAAACGAGAUGCGAGUUUUGAGGGCAAUCACAGGGAACACAUUGAGAGACCAGAGAAGAAGCGACGAGAUCAGAAAAGAAUGCCAGACGGAGGACGUAGUUAGAUGGACCCGCGCGAGAAGAAGGUUCUGGAAUGAACAUGUCUCACGUAUGUCAAGCGACAGAAUAGCGAAAAUCGCGAGAAACGGAAGACCAGCAUCCAAAAGACCUGUAGGGAGACCCCCAAAAAGGUGGAAGGACAGCUGGACCUCAAUAUCUCAAGAACGAGAGGAGGAAAAUGGGUGA